AGCGUUAGUACCGGACCGUCCGUGUCAGGACGACAGUCUUCAGUUUGUUCCGCGGUCGCUUUUCUUUCACCUUCUUUAAAUAUAUAUAUAUGUGUUUAAAAAACGUUUCCAGACUUUUCUGUGUGCACUCGUUUUUCCCACCGUGUGAACAGUUUCCCGGACUCUUCUCACACGAGAGAAAAACUUUGUUUUAUGUUAAAUUUAAACUUUUUUUCCCCCACGUGCGAUCGCAGUGAGAGGAGAAAACACCUGCUGGAGCUUCCUGGCAUUUUCCUGCUCCAGUGUUUAUAUUUAUUAUGAAAUAAUAUUAUUAAUUAAAAAAAAAAGCUGAGGAAUAAGAGCAGCAGAGUUUCUGUUUUCCGGGAUAGAAUGGAGUUCAUUCUGAUUCUGCUUCUACUUUGUGUGUCCAGUGUCCAGAGUGACUUCACUGAACCUCUUCAGCCUCACAUCACGCUCCGGGCGCUGGCAGAGUCUCAGACCAGACUUCCCUGUCGAUACAAGCCGAGCGAGGGGGAGAAGGUGGUGCAGGUCACAUGGUACAAGGUGCUGGCAGACGGCGCCAAGGACCAGAUCAUCACGGCCCACUUCACAGCCGGCCUCCAAGCGUUUGAUCCUUACUCCGGCCGUGUGAGGUUCGAGAGCAGCAACCCCACAGAAAACUCGGCUCUUCUCAUCCCCACCACGGAGGAGUCGGACGAGGGCAGCUACGCCUGCCACAUCUCCGCCUUCCCCAACGGGAACUUUGAGAGAUCCAUCAGCCUCACUGUCUGGAGUCUUCCCAUCUCCUCCUUGGACGCUGUCGUCCUAGUGGAGGGUCAGUCCUUCCGCGUGGCGGCCUCCUGUCGGGCGGUGGGUCGUCCUCUGCCCCGUCUCUCCUGGGACACAGAUCUGCCCGGGCAGUCCCAGAACCGCACCAGCGAGGGCGGGGCCGUGUCCACACACUACUCCUUGCACCCGUUGCGAGGCAUGAAUGGGAAGAAGCUGGACUGUUUGGUUUGGCACCCGGGUCUGGAAGGGCCACGCAGGAUCUCCAACCGACUGGUGGUUCACUAUCCUCCCGACGCCUCCAUCUCUUCUUCUACAUCCGCCUGGUACGAGGGUUUGGAGAACGGCGAGCUGACGUGCGACAGCGGAGGAUUCCCGCAGCCUCAGAACGUCACCUGGACCUGGGAGGGCGGGGCUCUACCGGACGGAGUGACCGUGGUUGGAGGAAAGCUGCUAUUUGGGCGGAGCCUCCGCAUGAAUGACACAGGGAUCUACCAGUGUGUGGUCAAGAACAGUGUGGGCGUGGGGAAGACGGAGUACACGCUGGCAGUCACAGCAAAAUCCAAACGAAUUCUCAGCUUUGCUGACGACAACCUGCUGCUGAUCAUCAUCGGUGCCUCAGCUGCAGCUCUGAUCACGGUUCUGGUCGUCGCCGUCCUGCUGGUCAACCGCCACCAUCGCCACAGGAACAAAAAGCUGGAGAGAGCACUCAGUGAAAAAACGGAAGAAAUUAAUACCCUCUCCAGACAUGCCUCCUUCAGGAGGCUGAACUCAGUUAGCACAGACCCAAGAGUGCAGUCUGAUGAUUACUCCUCACUGAGAGUUGACAGCAGAAUGAAAAGCAGCCAAAUGUCACUGCUGCAGGAGAGACCCAUCUACAAAGGCAGCCAGUCCACACUGGUGGACAAGUGGGGUCUUCCAGGGGGAGUGGACGUGGACGAACUGGGACGUCCUGUCAUCUGGCAGGACGGCAUGGAGAGCCUGAGAAAGACGGAGCUGGACGGGGAAAAAGAAGAGCGCAGGAGGAGGGUGGAGUCGUACCUGAAGAGCAACAGCAACAUGUCACUGGACUCUGGUCUUCCUUCAUCCCUGGUUCCCCUGAAGGUUCAGCUGGAGGACGGUAUGGGACCCAGAGAACCGGACCAGGUCCACCUCAAGGUGGGGGACUCUCCACAGGAGGAGCACGAGGACGAGGACAGUGGUGGCGGCAGCAGCAGCUCCUACCAGAUCUCUGAGGCUCUCACAAACCACUUCUACUACAGUAAUGGAGUCCUCAGACCCCGACCGCACUCGAACGCCAUUCUACUGCACCCACGAUCACAGAUGAUCUAGACCCGACUCCCGGCCCCCUCCGUGUGUGUUCCUGCAGUGAUGACGAUGACUCACUGACAUCAGCAGAGGGUCGGGUUCUUCGGGCAUCUCCCACAAGGCUUUGCUGCAGGGAAAAAACUGUAAUAUAAGGUUGAACUGGAUUUUUUUUUGUCUUUAAUAUUUGUGUCAGAAUUAGAACUGAGGGACAGGAAGUGACAGGGAUGUCCGUGGGAUGUAAAGACUCUUCUGGACCUGAUGACAUCUCAGUGUUUUCUGUUACUCUCCAUUGAGCCACUCACAUUUAUUCACUCAUUUAUUUGCAACAUUUUUUCUAUAAACCUAUGCUCGCAUGCAACCAGUGCAGACACUAGGGGCAACAGAGACUCCACCGUGACAUGUCAACCUGUCCAGGAGACUACAGGAAUGUGGAAUGGAACCUUCAACCCACUUGGACCUGCUUCAGCCUGGGCACCGGGUUCAUGAGUCAAAGUUAAAACAUUUUGUUCAACUUCUUCUUGACUUGGUCACUAAAGUGAUUAAUACAGUUUUACAGAAGAUCCUCCUCCUCCAGGAACACAGCAACUUUGUCAAGGUUGGGAUAGGACCACGAGUGGGAUUGGACCAACAUCUUUUGCUUCAGACAAGUCUCUGGAGAAAUGUAACACUGCAGUACCAAGAAUAUACUUCCAAGGCAGGAGGAGAAAUGGAGGUGUUUAUCAGGGCGUCGGUCAGCGUUUACUGAGAAAACCUGUUUACGGUGUAAAAGUCCACGCCGGCCCAGGAGGAUAAGGAGCGUUUCUGUCUUCAACUGUCAGAACCAUGAACUCUUCAGCUGAGAUGGAGCUGUGUAUAUGUUUGUGUAUAUGGUCGUGUAUAUAGUUUAUACGUAAAGACAGAAGUACCCGGGCUGUUAUUGCUCAUUUAAGCAUCUGUUAAAAAUUUAGAGAAAAUGAAAAACUUUUGAAGCUUUAAAUUCUAUUAACUUCUAACAGGAACAGCACAGAAGCAGAAGUCAAAGAAACACGUGGAGCCUUAAUAGAAGCACAAAAAAUGGUAUCUGGGAAUUUGCAAAAUGUUUUUGUGAGAACUUGACGGGUGGAUAUUAAUAGAAUUAAAAAAGAAAUCACAAAAUCAAUG